AUGAGUUGCAUGACACUCGUCAGAAUCGUGUUUAUUUUUAUAUUGUUGCAACAUUCGUUAGAAGCGACACGAAUAUCUAACUGUUACGUGAACAUUACUUCCCAAGAAAUUAACCCAACUCUUGCUGAUAAUAUCUACUAUGUUCAAAGAUCAAUAACAAUUGUCGAUUUUCUUGAAACGUUAUCCAUAUUGUUGAUUAUCAUUCAAACUUCGGAUGAUAUAGAACAAAUCAUAUACACUAUCUUGCGAGUUGGUUUACCUUCGAAGUCACAUCCUACGCUAAGUCGUGUGAUACCACCGUCGUCAAAAGAUGAUGAAUAUCCCAUGGUUGCUGUACAAUUACCAAUGAUGAACGAAAAGGAGUUUUGUAUUUCAAUGAUAACGUGUGCUUGUAAUUUACAGUGGCCAAAAGAUCGUUUGAUUAUUCAGGUACUGGACGAUUCGACGGAUGAGACAGUCAUGAAAAUGAUUGAUCUGUGUGUAGAAGAAUGGUCAAGUCGAGGGUUUCGAAUCGAUGUUGUUCGACGUGAAGAUCGACACGGUUUCAAAGCAGGAAACUUAAAAAAUGGUCUCGAGAAGAUUCAACAAUGUGAAUACAUUGCAUUAUUCGAUGUUGAUUUUCUACCCGAAAAGAACUUCCUAGUAAAGACAGUGCCUCUUCUUUUGCAAGAUCCGAAAGUGGCCUAUGCCCAAGCACGAUGGAUAUUCACCAAUGGAAAAGAGUCACUAUUAACACAAAUGCAAGAGAUUUCUCUCAAUCAUCAUCAUAAGUGCGAACAAGAAGUCAAAUAUCGCAUGCGUUCUUUUUUUCAAUUCAAUGGAUCUGCUUGUGUUUGGCGAACGAAAGCCAUUCACCAAUGUGGAGGUUGGCAUACAGACACUCUGGUCGAGGAUUUAGAUAUUUCUGUUCGAGCCUAUAUGAAUGGCUGGUAUGCUGCUUAUAUACUUGAUGUUAAAUGUUUGAACGAGUUGCCACCUACUUUCACGGCAUACCUCUCUCAACAAUACCGAUGGUUCAGUGGACCUGCGCAGGUUUUUCGAAAGUUAUUCACAGCUGUUCGUCGAACGUCCCACAUGAAUGUUUACCGAAAAUUGCAUUGUCUAUGGAUGAUUUGUCGGCCAUGUCUUUACAUUGUUCGUUUCGUUAUAUUUCUUCUGAAUAUAGCUAUCAAUGCUUGUUUACGAAAAACAGUCAAUGUGAACAUUUUUAUCACAUUUUUUCCAUUAAUUUUAGCCUCCAAUAUUUUAUUCUACACAUUUGAACAAAUCCAUUUGGUCAAAGUCUACUCCCUCUUUUGUAAUGCUAUGCUAUUUCAUCAUGCAAGUUCAGCGAUAGCAGGUUUUUUCAAUUUCAGUUCUGCUAGAAAAUGGAUUGUUACUCCAAAGUUUGGUAAUCCGAUGCGUAUGAAUGAUCAAGAACGAAAAAUUGCGGCUUGUCCAACUACCGACACCACGUGUUCAUAUCUCAAUCAGUAUAAUCAAAGUUUGCAUGUGGCUUGUGAUAGUUUGCAGUCAAUUUUUGACGCAAUUCGACACCAAAUCAACGGCCUGCAAAUUCAUAGAGGAUACUUAGCUAUGACUUUGUAUAUUCUUGUAUUUUCAUACAUCGCAUUCUUGAAUGAACAGUAUCUUAUAAGUUUAGAUUUGACGUUAAAUGCAUUGAUGUAUACUGUGUUUACUUUGGGCUAUUUGGGUAGAUCUGAAUAA